CCUACCAGUCACCCCAUUGGGUGCCAUGAUAUCCCCUAAGGAGAAGAGCAAAGUUCCACCUCCGAAAAACAGUAUGACUCUGUUGCCUUGCUUCUAUUUUGUGGAGCUUCCCAUUGUGGCCUCCUCCAUAGUUUCUUUGUAUUUUUUGGAGCUGACAGACGUAUUCCGGCCAGCUCAGGGUGGAUUCCAGUGUCAUGACCGUUCGCUUUCUAUGCCUUAUGUUGAAACCAAUGAAGAGCUCAUUCCUCUUCUCAUGUUGCUAAGUCUUGCGUUUGCGGCCCCUGCAGCCUCUAUUAUGGUUGGAGAGGGAGUCCUGUAUUGUAUACAGUCCAAACUGAAGGGCCAUGGAAGCUCAGAAGGAAGCAUUAAUGCAGGCGGUUGCAACUUCAACUCCUUCCUACGCAGGACAGUGCGCUUUGUGGGUGUCCAUGUUUUUGGACUGUGCGCCACUGCAUUGGUCACGGAUGUCAUUCAGCUUGCAACAGGUUACCAUGCUCCUUUCUUCCUCACUGUCUGUAAACCUAACUAUACCCACCUUGGUGCUUCAUGUGCUACCAAUCCUUAUAUCACCCAAGACAUCUGCACGGGUAAUGACCAUCAUGCUAUUUUGUCCGCCAGGAAGACGUUUCCUUCUCAACACGCCACUCUUUCAGCAUUUGCAGCGGUCUAUGUGUCUGUAAGUAUCUUGUACAUUGUGGGGACAUCUGAAUACUAUGUAAUAAGAUUAAUUUCUGUAUCAUUGUUCUUCCAGAUGUACUUUAACUCCAUCAUAUCAGACAGUACAAAACUUCUGAAGCCACUUCUGGUUUUUGCCUUUUCCAUUGCUGCUGGUGUAUGUGGCCUAACCCAAAUUACCCAGUAUCGUAGUCACCCUGUGGAUGUAUAUGCAGGGUUUCUUAUUGGUUCGGGAAUAGCUGCCUAUUUGGCUUAUCAUGCUGUGGGUAAUUUCCGGGCAUCCUCAGAGGACACUUCACCAAAAGCCAGUAAGGAUCUUCUCCAUGCUUUAACUCAUCGAGGACAUGAGUCUGUGUACCACCAAAAUAAAUCUUCAAGCACUGAUGAACUUACUCCUCUUCCUAGAACCCAGGCUACCCAGCGUCAGGUUCAACGUGAGAAAAAUUCUCUGGGCAGCCUUAAACGUGCCAGUGUUGAUGUUGAUUUACUAGCCCCCAGAAGUCCAAUGGGAAAAGAAAAUAUGGUAACUUUUAGUAACACUUUACCACGAGUUAGCACACCAUCUAUGGAGGACACUUCUCGCCGCCACAUGACUAUACAUGUGCCUGCUGAAGGUACACGUCCACCAAGAGGCCCAGGAGCUGAAUGGAAGCCAAAGCCUUUGGAAGGGCGUAGCCUUACACUUGGAGAGGAAGUGGCAUUAGCGCAAGCUCAUCGGCGGGCAGCAUCUGAAACUUCAGGUAUUAUUCUUGAUGAGCCAGAUCCUGACAGAGCACCACCAUCACUUUAUCCUACAGUGCAGGCUAGAGCCGCAGGGCCACGUGUCCUUAUCCAACCGAGGCCAGCAGCUCCACCACUUCUUCACAUUCCUGAAGAAAACCAAACUGGUUCACCCAAGGGCAGUUCUGCUAUUAGAGCUAAGUGGAUGAUGAUGGCAGAGAAAGGAGGAGUACCUCGAGCUUCUACAAAUGCACCAAGACUUAUGCAGGUGAUUGCAAUGUCAAAGCAACAACAACAGCAGGUAUCAUCAUUGGUGUCUAGCACACCUAAACAUUCAGAAACCUCUUCAUCUUCUACAACAAGUAGUUCUGAUUCAUCACAAUACCGUUCACCCUCAGAGAGGGAUAGUUCAAGUAUUGUCACAAUUGAUGCCCACGCACCUCACCACCCAGUAGUUCAUCUCUCGUCAGGCAAUGGUCCAUGGGAGUGGAAAGCUGCACAGAAGCCUGGUGAGAUCCAAGAAACAGGUACCUAUGAUAUGAGUAAGGAUUAUCGUGGCUACAGGACACCAAAAGGUGCAGGUGUGUCUCCAGGAUCCUCAAUAAGUGACCUAGAACCUGACUCUGAACCACGUUGCGGUCCAACUGUAAAUGUUGCUGGAGGCGUGCCAACCCCCUUAGUAGCUGAGACUAUUGGCAUUCCUUCAAGCAGAGAAGCUAGUCUAAGAAGGAAACCCCAAGUAGCAGAAAGGGAGGGAAGUGAAGAAGCAGAGGAACCUUUUUAUAAGAAGCUUCAGAACCAGAGGUUCAAGGAAUGAUUACAUCACAAGGGUCUUAAUGAACAAAGGUGUAAAUAUAUUGGCAUGUUAUAUUGACACAGAGGU